CCCCAUCUCUCUAUAGCUCGAACUCUCCGGUGCGCUCUUUUCUCGAGAGUCUGCGUUGGGUGCGUUGCGUUGCACUUUCUGGCAAUGGCGAUGGUGAAUUCUGCCGCCGGUCUUCUCCGCUGCUGCUCCGAUGCCCCGCGACGUCUCCUUCCUCUGCACUCUCAACCCUCUUCGCGUCCCGUUGAUGCCCGGCUGCUGCGGCUGUCAGCUCCUUCGUUCCCGGGCUGUGCUGCAUCCAGAACUAAGGCCCGGACAACUCUCCUCCUCGGCGCGUCCCCGGCUUCCAAGGACGAGGUUCUCGAACCCAUCAACGAUGCCGUUGACGACUUCGAUAUGGACGGAACGGCGGGCCUGCCUAGCGAGACUCUGCUCUACUCCUUCUCUCCUCUACCCCUCCUCUUCCUCGCCGCGCUUCCUGGAGCUGGGACAGUAAGGUCUCUGAUCGGGCCUUUUGUUGAGCUUGUUAAAUCCUGGAGUCUCCCUGAUUGGCUUGUGCAUUGGGGUCACCCAGGCAAUAUGGCUGUCGUGCUCUUUGCGAUGGGUGGAUACGGAACAUAUCUUGGUUUUCGUAUUAAAUAUUCCGAUGAUGUGGAAGAGAAAGCCAAGGCGAAAGACUUGCACCCGAAGCUUCUUGGGGGAAUGUUUUUCUUCUUUGCUCUUGGUGCAACUGGUGGUAUAACAUCUCUACUCACCUCAGACAAACCAAUAUUUGAGAGUCCUCAUGCCGUCACAGGGUUCAUAGGCCUAACACUUCUGACUUUACAGACAAUUUUACCUUCCUUGUUUGAGGAUAAUCCAGGAUUAAGAAAUGUACACGGUAUCUUGGGUAGCGGGAUCAUGACUUUGUUCCUCAUUCAUGCAACCCUUGGACUUCAACUUGGCCUCAGCUUCUAAUCGUCGACUAGUCCAUGCCUGGUUACAUUAUACCUCUUUCUAGGAUGUUUUCAGUCAUAGAUGUUAUAUCAAAAUUGGAGAUGGACGGAAGCAAAGAGUCAGAAGUUAUUUCUAUAAAAUGGCAUGCGUUCUGUUUU